AUGACGAGCAAGACGGGAGGUGGUAGUAGAGCCUCUGACGAAGACAGCCGGACGGCGGUCAAAGUCGCCGUCCGUGUACGACCACCGCUGAAGUCGACCGAUCCUGGUUACGAUCUUAUUCCGCAGCGAUUCCAGCGAUCCAUGGUGCAGACUACUUCGGAUACCAGCCUUGCAAUCGAUUCACCGCAGGGGCGCAAACUUUUCGUCUUUGACCGCGUUUUCAGCUCCGAUGUGAUGCAAGAUGGCAUUUGGGACUACCUCUCUGACUGCGUGAGUGCUUUCACGCAAGGAUACAACGUGUCGUUGCUGGCGUACGGCCAGUCCGGCGCUGGUAAAUCGUACACAAUGGGUACCUCGGGUCCAGGCGAGCAGCAUGACCCUGAGCUCAUGGGUGUCAUUCCUCGAGCUGCCGCAGCCCUUUUUGAGAAGCUCGAUGCACCAACAGGAUCAGCCAAGUCGAACCGCAGUUCCAUGUCUCACCUUCGAAGCCCUCGAGGAUAUGCUCAGCAGGAUCCGCUUGGCGACCGCAAUUGGUCUCUCAGAGCUACAUAUGUCGAGAUUUAUAACGAACAGCUUCGUGAUCUUCUCGUUCCCGAGUCGACUCCUCUCAAUGAGCGCGGAAAUGUCGCCAUUCGCGAAGAUACCAAGGGCAACAUCAUCUUGACGGGCCUCCGGCAGAUCGAAGUGAAUUCAGUGGAUGAUCUCAUGAAUGCUCUCAACUUUGGAUCGUCGAUUCGCCAGACCGAUGCCACAGCCAUUAACGCCAAAUCUUCGCGAUCUCACGCCGUCUUCUCCCUGAACCUCGUCCAGCGCAAGAGCAAGUAUGGUUCUGGUUCCGGCGCUGAGAAGCGCUUCUCCGUACCUCUGGAGGCUAUGACCGGCCAGGACGUUACGGUAACUGUCGACAGCAAGCUCCAUUUCGUUGAUUUGGCUGGUAGCGAAAGGCUCAAGAACACUGGUGCUCAAGGUGAGCGUGCCAAGGAGGGUAUCUCGAUCAAUGCCGGUCUUGCUGCGCUUGGCAAAGUCAUCAGCCAGCUUUCGUCUCGAAACCCUGGCGCCCACGUUUCGUACCGUGAUUCCCGCUUGACCAGACUCCUCCAGGAUUCGCUUGGUGGCAAUGCCAUCACUUACAUGAUUGCUUGCGUUACGCCUGCUGAAUUCCAUCUGAGCGAGACCCUCAACACGGUUCAGUAUGCCCAGCGCGCCCGAGCUAUCCAGUCCAAGCCACGAAUCCAGCAGGUCGAGGAGGGUGACAAGCAGGCCGUGAUUGACCGCCUCAAGGCCGAAGUUGCUUUCUUGCGCGAGCAGAUUCGCAGUGCAGAGCGUAGUGGCAGUAGCCCGAGACGCAAUGCCCCUGGUCCUAGUGAGCGAUCUGAUCGACAGAACGAGCGUGAGGUUGAGCUCCAGAACCAACUUUUGGACACGCAAGAGAACUAUACUGCUCUCAGUCAACGCCAUGCGCGUCUCAUUGCCGAGUUGGCUCGCGCCCGCGAGAACGAGUCAGACGAAAACCACGACGAUGCCCUUGGUGACAGUGCCACUGAUCGUCUGAACCGAUCCAACUCAUUCGCACAGGCAGUUGAACAAGUUGUUCUCGAGUACGAGAAAACGAUUCAGUCACUUGAGCAGUCGCUCUCCAGCACUCGUAGCACUCUCUCUAACACCGAGACCAACUUGCUUGAGAAGGAGACAAAGUGUGCCUAUGUCGAGACGAUCAACAACCAGCUGCAGUCUCGGCUGCAGAAGCUGAUGGACCGUGAAGCUAGUACUGAAAACUAUCUUCAUGAUCUCGAGUCUAAGUUGGACGGCCACACUAGCGGCGAGGAGAAGAACGCAACCAUCAUCAUGGAGCUUCGUAAGGAGAUUGCUCGUGUGCGGGAGAACGAAGCCUCAUGUGAAGAUUACAUCUCAACCCUUGAGGAGCGCCUUGCUGAGGCGGACCAAGAUUCUGAGCUGAUGCAGCGAGAGAUUGACCGCCUUGAACAGGUUGUUGAGCGCCAACGAAGCCUCGGCAAGCUUGACUCGCUUCUUUAUGAGCUUGAUCAGAUCCAAGAUGGCAAGGAAGCUGAGGGAGAAAAGGCACCCGAGUCUGCGCCCGCCGAGCCUACCAACGGCACGGCUUCGCGCCGUGGCAUGGCCGACCACUCUCGAAGCAUGUCUCAUGUGAGCCGCCAUAGCCAGAUGGAAGAACCCAUUCCUGAAGGUGACGAGGAACAGGACACUGCCCAACACAAGAUUGGCACCGUCAAGGAAGAAGCUGAAGACGAUAAGCAGCACCUUGAGAAGCCUGAAGAAGAGGUCCCACCUCAGAGCCCAGCUCAGUCCAAGUUUGUGGCGGACAAGCUCGAGUCUGUAACUCAAGAGCUUAUCGAUCUCCGGGUUGAGCACGAGUCAACUCUCCAUGACUACGACUCGCUGCACCACAAGUAUGAGAACGCCAUGCGACAGCUCGCGGAGCUGCAGGAUAGUAUCGACGAGGCGCGUCACCCACAGCGCAUUCGCGACUCGGUCAUCUCUGUUGCCACCCCGAUACACACCCGACCAGAGUCUUUUUUGUCAGACGCGAAGACGAACGAUUUGAAGGAUGGACCACGGUCAUCCUUUUCGCGAUCGCUCUCCUCGGAGCUAUCCUCAGCCAUGGAUUCGCCUGCUACCGCGGCGUCUUCUAAUGCCGACACCUUGUCUGAGGAUGGCACGGCCACUGCGAAGCCAGAAGCCGUUUCGACGGAGGAUCUUCAGCAUGCUCAGAGUGUCGAGCUAGCGGCCGAGCUUGACCGACUCAAGGCCAUGGCGCACGAGCGUGAGGCUGCUGAGAAGGAACUGGCUGAGCGGUAUGCCCAGCUGGAGUCAAAGCACAGCGAGACUCUCGAUAUUGUUGAGGAGCUCAAGACGGAUCUUACACGGGCGCGCGCUUAUGAGGCUACGUCGCCUCGCUCAAGCACUCCUAUCAUCCGACGCAAGUCAAGCCAGAACCUCCUUGUCGCUGACCGUGCUCAUCGUUCGUUUGCAUCCCUGCGUAACAUCGCUGCUGAGAGCUUCGACAACAGGCCGGAGUUGAUGCAGAGCUUCGAGCUCAACAUUAACGCCGCCAUGCACGAGCUUCACACCAGGAGCGAGCGUAUCCAAGAACUCGAGGCGGAUGUUGCGUCCGCUAAGAAGGAGAUGGAGACCAAGAUGACGAUUAUCUCGGGACUGACCCGAGAGCGUUCGAGUCUCAAGUCCAGCCCCAUUGAGAUGUCCAUGGUUGCAAACCUGCGGGAUCAGCUUGAGCAGAGUGAGAGGCAGCUUAAUGACACGAGGAACGCUCACCUUGCCCGUGAGCAGACACUCACAACUGAACUCGAGUCUCUCCGCCAAGCUCUGGCGUCUAGACCUGAUCCUAAGGACGUGGAGGAGUCUGAGCAGAAGCAUGAGCAGCGCAUUGCUGAGCUGCAAUCGGAGCUGGAAACAUGGGAGAACAAGCACAAGGAGGCGCUUGACACGAUGGCGAAGACGGAGGCGGCGAUGCGCGGCACGAUCCAAGAGCUCGAGUCUCAAGUGGCAUCCACUAGUGCCCAGCUCACUGAUUCUCAAUCUCACCAGACCGGCGAGAAGGAUGACUCAGUCAGGGAGGCCGAGCAACGGCAACAGAACCUCAUCAGUUUCCUCCGUAGCGAGAUUGACGAGUACAAGGCCAUCAUCAACAGCAACGCCGCCAAGGUUGCUGAGCUGGAGCAGUCUCACUCUGCAGCUCGUUCUCAGUUGGAUGAACUCAACAAGGCUCAUGCCUCAGUCCAGGAGGAUAACACCCACCAGCUGGAGCUUGUUGCCAAGCUUGAGGAGCAGAUUGCUACCCAUGAUGAGGCCACCAAGAGCCACCAGGCAAGCCUCGAGGAGCUCAAGGCCAACCAUGCUAAGGAGCUGGCCGAUAUCAAGACUCGCGAGCAGAAGGGCUAUGAGGAGCAGGUUGAAGUGUUGCUGUCAGAGCAUGCCGACAGCGUUCAGCGCCUGGAGAACGAACUGGGCGAAGCUCGUGAUGAUCUCAUGAAGAUUGCUUCUCAGGUCGCCUUUGCUCUGGGACUGGAUGUCAGUGUUGAGAAGCUGACAGAGCGAAUCAACGAUCUCGCUGUUAGUCAGCAGGCUCUCGCCGAGGAGAAGAAGAAGCGUGGUGAGAUGGAGUCACAUGUCACUGAACUUACGACAAUCAAUGACAAGAUCGUCCAAGAUCUCGAAGCCGCUAGAGCCUCGUUGGCUGAGAUGCUCGGUGCUGCCGACAAGCCUGGUCCUCUUGCAGAGCAACUUACAGCUGCCAAGAACAAGAUGGUGGAUCUGGACACUCGCAGCAAGAAGAACAGCCGACUGGUGGAGGAGCUGGAGGAGCAACUUCAGAAUAACUUUGAUGAGGUGCAGAUGACCAAUAACCGUCUGAGCACGUUGCAGACGGAGCGGAACGUGGCACUGGAUGAAGCUAAUGCGGCUACUGCACGCCUCCAAGCUGAACUGGAGGUGGCCCGUGAAGAUUACGCAGCUCUCCAGCAGCAGGCCAAGUUUGAUGAGUUGAGCGCUGGCGUCCAGCGAUCGAACUCAAACUCGACCAUCCGCAAGAGCGCGUCGCAUGUGUCGCUGCCCUCACCACCACCAGCUAUCCCACUUCCACCUCUGCCGAGUGGCGCGGGCUCUCCCGUCAAUGGCGUUCCCAGCUCCCCGACCAACGCCCGUCCUGCCAGCAAGGACAACAUCAACAUUUCUCAAAUCACCGAGGACCAAGAAGCACGUAUCCGAACCAUCGAGAAGCACCUCGAUGCCGAGCGCCAGCUUACGCAGACACUCGAGGAUGCCCUCACCGAUUUGGAGAAGCAGACCAAGCAGGUCAAGUCCGACUGCGAUGCUUGGAAGAAGCGUGCUCAAGAGCUCGAGUCGGAGCCGGUUCAAGACAACCGCUGGAGCGUUCAGGCCGUCGAGGAAGAACGCAAGAAGCGACAAGCAGCCGAGGCGGCGCGUCGCCAGCUCGAAGAGCGGAUGAAUGCCAUCAGCAAGAGCAAGAAGAAGAAGGGAAGCCUGAACUGCUUCUAG